AUGCCGCCAGGGUCCAGUACCAGAAGAGAAAUCGACUGGGAAGCCGAAUGUUCCAUCCAAACGGCGGCCGCAACACAGGAUCUGACGCGCCCGCUCCGUGGGGAGAGAACUAUUACUAAGUAUUCCACGGUCCAGCGCCCUGCUCAGGUAGAGGAACCCAAAUUACUGAUGCAACCCCCGUCUGGGGAAGCAGACGGAUAUGGUAAACAUGGUUCAGAUGCAAUGCAGGAGAGUAUGGAAUCGAAUGGGCGUCAAAUGGAGGACGCUACGCUUAACAAGGUCGCGGGCAGUCUGCCACCCGUGGGUAUAGAUUCAUCAAAAAAAAACAGGGGGUUUUAG